AACAGGGAUCACUUUGCACCCCAGCUCAGCCCAAAAAGGGGAUCGGCUCCCGUUGCAACCGGAGAAGAAGCCGCGCUAACGAUUCGGAACCGGGUGGAAGGUGUGGCAGGUUGUGUGGGAGGACACACAGGGGGCCCACAAAUCGCCCUUUUCCAGUGUGUCCUCUGCCGCCCGAUGGCAAGGUCAUGAUCCUUAGCUCGAAAACUGGGGACUCCGUUCCGGGUGCCAAGGAGCGAGUCCCACUUAUUUGGGGUUGGCCCCAUUGAAAGCGGCAGGAGUAACUCCCCAAUGGAUCAUUACAGACAGAGAAGUCCUGAGAAUCCAGACAUCUGCUCUUCACAUGAAUGCACUCACCUCCUAGAGGACAGCCCGCCAUCAUGCUCUGGAAACUGGUGGAAAAUGUGAAAUACGAAGACAUCUACGAGGACCGGCACGAUGGAGUCCCCAGCCACAGUUCCCGGCUGUCCCAGCUGGGCUCGGUCUCGCAAGGCCCUUACUCCAGCGCCCCUCCGCUCUCUCACACCCCGUCCUCGGACUUCCAGCCGCCCUACUUCCCGCCGCCCUACCAGCCUCUUCCUUACCACCAGAGCCAGGAUCCUUACUCCCACGUCAACGACCCCUACGCCCUGAACCCGCUGCACCAGCCCCAGCAGCACCCCUGGGGCCAGCGACAGCGACAAGAGGUGGGCUCCGAAGCCGGCUCGCUGCUGCCUCAGCCCCGGGCUUCUUUACCGCAGCUCUCGGGCCUCGACCCGCGACGGGACUACCACUCCGUCCGGCGGCCAGACGUCCUUCUCCAUUCGGCUCACCAUGGCCUGGACUCCGGCAUGGGCGACGCGCUUUCCCUCCACGGCAUCGGCCACCCCGGCAUGGAGGAUGUGCAGGCAGUAGAAGAUGCUAAUAACAGCGGCAUGAACUUGCUGGACCAGUCGGUCAUCAAAAAAGUUCCAGUUCCUCCAAAAUCUGUUACUUCUCUGAUGAUGAACAAAGAUGGCUUCCUUGGUGGUGUGUCUGUAAACACAGGUGAAGUGUUUUGUUCAGUACCUGGGAGGCUCUCCUUGCUCAGUUCGACGUCCAAGUACAAAGUCACUGUUGGAGAAGUUCAACGGCGCCUUUCACCUCCUGAGUGCUUAAACGCUUCCCUCCUUGGAGGAGUCCUUAGAAGAGCCAAAUCGAAAAAUGGGGGGCGAUCGUUGCGAGAGCGGCUAGAAAAAAUCGGUUUGAAUUUACCAGCCGGCAGGCGCAAAGCGGCAAAUGUCACUUUACUCACCUCCCUGGUGGAAGGAGAAGCUGUACAUUUAGCUCGGGAUUUUGGAUACAUCUGUGAAACUGAAUUUCCGGCCAAAGCAGUUUCUGAAUACCUAAACAGACAGCACACAGACCCUACUGAUCUCCACUCCCGAAAGAAUAUGCUGCUUGCCACUAAGCAAAUGUGUAAAGAAUUUACUGAUCUUUUGGCCCAAGACCGGACACCCAUUGGCAAUAGCCGACCAACACCCAUCUUGGAGCCAGGGAUCCAGAGCUGCUUGACUCACUUCAGUCUCAUCACUCACGGCUUUGGCUCCCCAGCCAUCUGUGCUGCCCUGACUGCUCUCCAGAAUUACCUGACGGAAGCUCUCAAAGGAAUGGACAAGAUGUUCUUGAACAACAACUCUGCUAACAGGCACACUUCUGGGGAAGGACCAGAUUCUGUGACCCUGCAGCAGAAUGCACAAAUGGAUUGAGCAGUAUUGUCUACACACUGAUUGGCAUCUUCAUAUUUUCAGAGAUACAUUUUGUGCAAUCCAUCCUUUGCUAUGCCAAGCCCUACUCUUCCCCCAUCUCUUAUUUUUGGUAAUUUUAUUCAUCAUCCCAGCAGUGUUCCUAGAAGCUAAUAAUCUGACCCAUCAUCUACUUUUAAGUUUUUUUUUUUAAAGAACUUUGUAAAUUACUCAAGCAUAUAAAAAAUUGGUUGCCCAUGCUACUGUUACAUCACAGCUGCAGGACCCAACUUUUUCUUGAAGCAAUGUAUUAAAAUAGCAGUUAUCAAUACAGUCUUAAAAGUAAUUGCUACUAUUUAAAU